AUGGGGCGUGUCUCCUCUGAGAUAAGCUGCAUUUCUUCUGAUGAUACCCCAUUUGGAGCCCCUAAGAAAGUGCAUCCUGUUGACAAAAAAACGGAGCGAAUAGCGAAACCAAAUGCCUAUUCAACAAACUCAAAAUCAAAGGCAUGUUAUGCUGUUAACCACCAGGCAUGUGAGCAUAAAGAAAUGGAGAAGAUGCAAACCAAUUCAACAGGAGGAGUUACAAAUGCAAGGACAAAUGACACAAGGGGUCGCAGCGACAGCUUAGAGAACUCAACUACUCCUUUCAAGCCUCACACCGGUGGCGGCGAUGUGAGGUGGGAUGCCAUUAACGCGGUCUCCAAACCCUCCUCGCUUAACCUUAGCCAUUUCCGCCUUCUCAAACGCCUUGGCUACGGAGAUAUUGGGAGCGUGUAUCUCGUCGAGCUCAGAGGGACUAAAGCCUAUUUUGCCAUGAAGGUGAUGGACAAGGCAUCUCUUGCUAGUAGAAACAAGCUCCUCCGCGCGCACACAGAGAGGGAGAUUCUCGGCCUUCUUGACCACCCCUUCCUUCCCACUCUCUACACGUUUUUUGACACCGAUAAGUUCUAUUGCCUGGUUAUGGAGUUCUGUAGCGGAGGUAAUCUUCAUUCUCUUCGGCAGAAGCAACCUAACAAGUUUUUUACUGAGGAAGCUGCGCGAUUUUUUGCGUCAGAGGUGUUGUUAGCUCUUGAGUAUCUGCACAUGCUAGGAAUUGUAUACAGGGAUCUGAAACCGGAAAAUGUUCUAGUAAGAGAAGAGGGUCAUAUCAUGCUUUCGGAUUUUGAUUUAUCGCUUCGUUGCUCCGUCAGUCCUACACUUGUCAAGUCAUCUUCCGUCCAUGGUGGAUCCGGGGGCCUUUUAGAUGAGGAGUCUGCCGUCCAUGGUUGUAUGCAGCCAUCAAAUUUUUUGCCGCGCAUUUUGCCGAGCAAGAAGAACCGUAAAUCGAAAUCGGACUUUGGGGUCUUUGUGAAUGGGUCCCUCCCUGAGUUGAUGGCGGAGCCGACAAACGUGCGGUCGAUGUCAUUCGUUGGGACGCACGAGUAUCUGGCCCCAGAGAUCAUCCGGGGAGAGGGUCAUGGUAGUGCGGUGGAUUGGUGGACCUUCGGCAUUUUCUUAUACGAGCUUUUACAUGGAACGACACCCUUCAAGGGCUCGGGGAACCGGGCUACACUCUUUAACGUUGUUGGCCAGCCAUUGAGGUUUCCCGAAACACCGCAAGUGAGUUUUGCGUCUCGUGAUCUUAUUCGCGGCCUUCUUGUGAAGGAACCGCACAAACGAAUUGCAUACAAGAGGGGCGCUACAGAAAUAAAACAGCAUCCAUUUUUCCAAGGAGUGAACUGGGCACUCGUCAGAAGUGCCAUGCCUCCCCACAUACCCGAGCCUGUUGACUUCUCGCAGUAUGCUACCAAGGCAGCGCCAACCGCGGUUGCAGAUAACAACAAGGCCGCACAAGUGAUCCAUGCUGCUAAAACUCAUAUUACUGCUUCUGAUGAUUCGUCUUACAUUGAUUUCGAGUACUUCUAG